ACCUCGAUCGGUAGGUGCGCGCGUGCGUGCAUCUCAUUUGGGAAAGUGGGCGGCGCGACAUCGAUAAACGUGCAUUCAUCUUCUGGUGCGUUGUUGCAUACAUCGCGGGACCGGUCGAGCGCGGCUGAACUGGACAUUGAUUCUCCGAGGGCCUCUCUGCCUUGGUGCAGCAAAAGGUUGGGGCAGAAUAAACUCGGGUCGUCGUGCGUCUGUCUGUCAGGUCGGCAGGCAGGCAGGCAGGCGACUAUCGGCAAUGAGAUCGGCGAAUCAAGGCGUACUACAUUCCCCGACGCCUUAUGAUAAAUUUCUGAACAUCUUCCACCAGAGUUGCACGGAUGUAUCCAUCCAAGUUCAAGUUGACCUCUCUUGUCAGUGGGACGCGAUCGAGGUAUCAGCAGCUAUGGAUGUAUGGCUGACCCCCCCUGUGUGCCAUGUCGUUUCUUCCGCCACAUUGCUUGGCCGGCGGCAACCCAAAACUUUCGAUUAUGUUCUUGUUUUUACGUCAUUCCCCGGUCAAUCGAUCGAUUCACAGCGCUCACCAAGCAUGGUCCUCUGGCGAUCCAAUGACCCUCUACCGCCCAAGUCCCAAGGUAUGGUCUGCAAUUUAGACAAGAUCGUGACGUCCGCUUGGGAGAGGAAGCGGCCGAUCCUGCACCACCUGAACGCAGAUACGACAUGGCUCAUUCAGCUGCCCGUACCCAAUCCUAGCACUAGUUCCACCUCUCGCAGAUGGUUCAAUGUCCUUAUCGACCCUUGGUUGUUCGGGCCACAGUCAGACGUCGCAUCUUGGUUUAGCAAGCAGUGGCAUGCGAUUCCCCCCGCUCUGGCGAGCGUACCGGAUGUUGAGAAUCUGUGUCGAAAGGUUGAGACGAUUACACCCGGACAGGAAGAUCCAUUCGACUCGUCAGAUCAUGCGCAUCCGAUCGAUGCCAUCGUCCUCUCUCAUGAAUUUACAGAUCACACUCACCAGCUCACGUUGUGUCAGAUGCCCAAGUCCACGCGUGUGUUCGCAGCUAGCAAAGCAGCUGCGCUGGUCCAGUCUUGGAACCAUUUCGACUCGAUCAGUGAGAUCCCCUCCCUCCAGGACGCUUCAGAGUGGAGGGAUCAGACAAUCUCCCUGAUCCCGGAAGUCAACACAGGAGAACACACAAAGAGCUGGGUAAAAGUCGGUAGACUCCAAAAGGAAGGCGACGCGUUCUAUUACCAUUCAGCCCUGGCCAUCAUCUUCGACCUUUCAUCAUCGUCUACCCCCGAGUCUGCACCUGUCGAAGCGAUAGUAUACACACCUCAUGGUGUUCGAGCUGAAGCGCUCAAUGUCCUGCAACGGUCCAACGACGAGACUGAUCAGACUGUCCAUCACCCGAUACAGACCCUCGCUCUUCUACAUGGUUUACACGAUGUUUCACUCGAUUGGGGACAACAACUCAACUUGGGUGCUUUCAACGCCUUAUCUGCGCAACGCGUCGUGGAAUCAAAAUACUGGAUAGGAACCCACGACGAGGUGAAAAAGGGUGGUGGACUCGUCUCUUGGUUCCUCAGGCGAAAAGUCUACACUGUUCGAGAAGCGCUCGAGGCAGAAUCAAAGUCAGAUACCAAUCUCGAAGAACCGUCUGAAAAGAGUGCGGGGGCAGGGUUUUGGAGUCGAAAACCUCAGACUCAGGGAGGAGGGGAUGAACUCGCACAUCUAGAGGAGGGCGGAGUCGAUGUAGGCGGUAGAGGAAAGUAUUACGAGCUCCGCACAGGUGAGAGCAUGGUUUUGAGCUAGCGGAUUCCACACGUGUCUCGUCAAUGUAGCCUUAGUCCCCCGUUGUCAUACCAUGUACAUGAUGCUUCCUACA